AUGGCGUCCCUGACUCCUGGCGUUCUCUCCAAGCUUCUGGAGAACGCCGGCAGCAAGGUAACCGCCCCGCACCGCCAGGCUCUCCUUCAGGUCACCGAGAUCGUGCCACGUCUCUCGUCCACAUCCUCCCUCCAGACCGGCGGCUACUUCCUCAAACUCUCCGACUCCCUCCACUCCGCCUUCGUCUCCGUCCCUGACGCCGACACCCACCUCAUUUGCACCGACAAGCUCCAGCUCGGCCACUUCGUCUACGUCACGCACCUUGACCGCGGCUCUCCCGUCCCCCUCGUCCGUGGCCUCACUGUACUCCCAAAGCGCCGCCCCUGCAUCGGUAACCCCGCUGAGCUCCUCCCCGGCACGUCCCUCCACGAUACACAGAGCCAGAGCGAAAGGGUCAAGAAGAGGGACAUUGAGAAGAAGAAGGUGGAGUCGAGGAGGUUGAGUUUGGACUCUGCGAGAAGGGUUUGGGAUCAUAGUCCUCUGCCGAAAGGGAAAAACUGUUCUGGGAGUUCCAGUAGUGAUAAACUCAAGCAAAAAAAAUCGAACCCUACUUCGUCUAAUGUAAUAUGCAAGAAGCUUUCUACUAAAGCUGAUUCUCCGCUAAAAUUUCCAACUUCAAGUGUCUCACCCUUUGAGAAUAAAAUCGAGAAUCUCCGUGCAAAAUCAUUGACAAGCACUCCUCCGAGGAAGAGUUCUAGUACUAGGUCACCCGGUGGUGGCACUGGUCAUAGCCAACUUGUAAAGGUGCCCCUCAAUAUCAAGACUUGGAGUUAUGAUACUCCUGCAUGUUGGGAUGAUCUCUCAUCCUCCAUGAGUAAUCUUGGAAAGCAAGUUGUAGCUCAUAGAAAUGUUGCUUUUAUGGCGGCUGUGCGGUCUCUUGAAGAAGCAUCAGCUACAGAUAUUGUGAUCCAAUGCAUGUGCUCUUUCAGCAUGUAUGCAGAACUUUGCCAGUCUUGUCAAACACACUCUGCUGGAUCACUUGUGAAGCAGUUUUUGGAGCUUCAUCUGAGUUUGCAGAGAGUAACUGUGCUGUUUGAUUCCUUACUUACCCCAUUUCCCGAAACAAAGCCAAGGAACGACUCUACCCUGCAGUGUGCAAUAGAAGAUGCUUGCAAAGUCCCCACUCGAAAGAAUACUAUAUCUUGGGUACAAGCUGCUAUAGGUACGAAUCUUUCCAGAUUCAAUCUAUUUGAAAAACAGGCGAAAAGUGAGAUUCUAAAUGGUGAGAAAUGUCAUUAUGUUGUCAUUGAGAAUUCUCCUGACGACAUCAAUACUGAGAAUGCAACUGCUCAAAGCAAGCAAAAUCGAGUAACUCAUGCAAACCCCUUGCCAAAUUCAAUCGUUAAAAGACUUCCUUCUUCUAAGCGGAAUGUCUUGGCAACCAAGAACAAGGAUGCUGCCAAGCAGGAUCAAUCAAAAGAAAUUGAAAAAAAAGUGGCUGCACGUUUGGCAGAAAAACUUCUCGAGGAAUCUAGUGAAUGGUUCCUGAAGUACUUGGAGGAGUCCCUAGGUAAUGAAUUUGGAUUGAAAAAUGAAGGGAAGACUGAAAUUGCAAGUCUUCUCGGACAGCUCAAACAGGUGAAUCAUUGGUUAGAUAAUUUGGUUGGUGGAGAUAAGGUUGAUCACAGGGUAGAGAAGCUAAGGAAAAAAUUAUACCGGUUUCUACUUGAGCAUGUUAAUUCUACUAUUGCUUCUAACCAAUGA